AAGAAGAAGAAGAUCACAAGAGCGUGUGUCCACUGCCACAAGGCCCACAUGCCGUGUGACGAAGAACGGCCGUGCAUUCGAUGCAAGUCUAAGGGCCUCCACGAUUCGUGCACCGACGCGCCGCGCAAGAAGAAGAAGUACCUCAUGGAUGUACCGGAUGAGGCCAGCGCUGAUAGCCGCACCAGCCUCGCGCAUCCUGUCAAAACAGAAAAUACCAACAUACCGUCGCCGCAGCCCUCAUCCUAUGUGCAUCAGCCGCAAAACACCACGCUGUUUCCGCAGAACCCUGCGCUCUUUCAGCAGUAUAAUCCGUUUCCGUACAAACAGGAUAUGGAGGACAUGUUCAAUGUCAAGCCCACCAACAAGUUUCUCUCCAACGCGGCCGACAUGGAGUACUCCACGCUAUCCAGCAUCAUCCAGGAGACCGGGUUUCCGUCUGACAACUCGGUGCUUAGCCCGUCCAUGAGCGUCAACACCAACAGUCAGCACAACACGCCGAGUGACUAUACUGACGCGUUUCUCAUUACCCCAGCCAACCACCCGGGGUACAGAUCGAAGGGGCAGAGUCAGAACCAGAUGCUCCAGCGCUCGUCAUCUCCCUACACUAUUUUCAGCAACGAAGCCAAAGGGGACCUCUCGAUCAACCAGUAUUUUCUCGGCCCCGAUUCACUGCAUUCCUCAGAACACACAACCACGUUUCCCGACGUGAUUGCCCUGAUUGACAUCAUCAGGCAGCAAGACCCCCAGGCAUUCGCACACCUGCUGCUUUCUUUCAGCAUUUCAAUCCCCCCCGAGCAACCCCAGCGGCCGGAGCAGGAGUCACACACACACCAUGCAUGGGGCCUCCGGUUCAUGGAGCAGGAGGAUAUCUACACGAAGAUCCUCAAGCCGUUUUCGUACACCCCGGGAUAUCACGGGCUCCUCGCGUACCUCAAACAGCGGUUCGCGCGCGACGCGCUCAUGCGUGUUGCGCAGUCCAUCGCGGCGUACCGUCCGUCGUUCAUCGCAUGCACAAACUCGCUCAAGGAGCACGACUUGAUCUUUAUGGAGCAGUGCUUCCAGCGCACGUUACUCGAGUACGAUACAUUCAUCAAGGUCUCGGGUACGCCAACGUUGGUAUGGCGGCGUACUGCGCAGAUUAGCUACGUUGGCGACGAGUUCUGCAUCUUGACGGGCUGGACGAAGGAGAAGUUGUUGAACAAGAUGACAUUUAUUGUGGAGUUGAUGGAUGACAAGUCAGUGUUGGAGUAUUUCCAUUUGUUCAGCAAGAUCGCGUUUGGUGACUUUAGGGGCGCCACCAUGAUGGAGUGUACUUUGCUCACCCCAACGGGACGCAAGAUUCGCACCGCCUGUAUCUGGACCUUAAAGCGAGAUGUGUUUGGGAUCCCCAUGAUGAUAGUGGGGAACUUUUUGCCUAUAUUG